ACAGUAUUCAAUUUCUGGGGCCGGGAGUAAACGAUCUGAACUACAGUAGCACUCACGUCACACUCAUUGCCGCGAUCUGUAUCUGGAAAAACUCUGUAACGUUGAUUUAAACAGUUAUUAACAUGAGGAUCAGUCAAGCUGCAAGAGAUAGAAUUUUGACGAAAUUUCCACAGCCCUAUAAAGAUGAAACACCCUAUAAAGAGACUGAUUUUGAUCCUAAAGUAAGAGAUGCAUGCUUGGCCAAUAAGACUGGAACAGUCGGUUUGCAGGUUUCCAAGGUGAUAGUUGUAGGGGAUGUCUCUGUUGGUAAGACCUGUCUAGUGAACAGAUUUUGCCAUGAAGUUUUUGAUCGUGACUACAAGGCCACUAUAGGAGUUGAUUUUGAGGUGGAGAGAUUUGAUGUUUUAGGGAUACCAUUCAAUCUCCAGCUAUGGGACACUGCAGGUCAAGAGAGAUUCAAGUGUAUAGCAGCUGCAUACUACAGAGGAGCUCAUGUUGUAGUUAUUGUUUUUGAUAUGAAGGAGUUGUACACGUUAGACCAUGCAAAGAGAUGGUAUCAAGAAUCAUUACUGGAAAACACUCAUGAUCCUCAUAUAUUCCUUGUGGGAACCAAACGAGAUUUAUGUGAAACACAGGAUGAGGUUCAUGAGGUGGAGAAGGCUGCUAUGGAGGUUGCUAAAGAUAUUAAUGCAGAAUACUGGACAGUUUCUUCAUUAUCAGGUCAAAAUGUUGAGGAAUUCUUCAACCGCCUAGCAGGUAUAACUUUCAAUUCAUCAGUACUGAAAGCUCUGGAUGAUCUUGAGGCUAAGUCAGCUAGUCGACAAAUUGCCAUCUCACAAAGCAGUGAGAAUAGAAUAAAAUUGAAACCUGAUGAUAUAGAUGGAAGGUCAAGGGAUAAGAACAAAAAAGCAGGAUGCUGCAAUUGAGACAGUUACACUAUCCUAUGAAAGAUGGAACUUGGUACAGGCACAGAGUCUGACGGUUGAAACAACCCCUGACAGAAGCAGGAGAGAUGUCGCUCAAGACUUUGAACAACUCUACUCCUGUUUGUAUGGAUGCAUCAUCUAGACUCUUACUAGUGCUAUUGACUGUCAUUGGCUAUUGCUUACAUGAAGGUUAACUAAUGUCUGUUUUGUGAAAAACUUCUUGGACAAUAUGGUUCUUUCUGUAUGCAUGUGGUUCUUGCCUAUUUCAUACUGGAGAGCUUUAAUUCUCAUGGUGAUUGACUUCUGAAGUGGCUGAUACUCUCGUGGGAAAGACUAACACAGGUCCAUAUCAAGUGUGGAUGGAGACAUAUUCUGACAAUCUUUUCAACAAUAAUGAUUCAGUGAGGUAAACAAGAGGGAAUAACAUCAUAACUUCAGCAAUAGCUUAUAAAACAUGAUGCUCACCAAUUUGUCCCUCAAGAAGUGAGAAUGGGAAUAAAGUAAAUACCAAGGGCCGUUUUUAUACAGAGCUUUAUGCAUAACUGGUUACUCUUUCUCAUGCUUAAUGGGAUACCCCCAAUUUCCCAGUUUUAAUAUACUAGGAGUGCAUGUGAAUGUGAUUUAGCACCAUGUGUAAUCAGUCAUAUGUGACUUAUAAACAGAUCUAUGAAACACCAACCAGGUUGGUAUCAGGAACAUAAACUACUUGGACUCGUUCAAAACUCUUAUUCACCGGGUAGGUAUCAAGAAUCAUCUAUUAUUGUACUAUACUGAUGAAAAAUCCUGUUAAUAGAAAGAUAUGAGACCUUUGCUUUGAGUUCAUCAACAAUGAAUGGAUAAAGAUCAAUUAGUGACAAUUUUGCUUGUUAAUUUAAAAGUACAUUUGAUGUUUACAGUUAAGUAUGGCAAGAAACUGAUUGAGAUUAAUAGCACUGUAUCUCCAGUUUGAAGCUCUGUCCAUUGGUUGAUUUCAAGUUCAGUAUUGAUGUUGAAAGCCCAAAUUACAUGUAGAUUGCUUUCCCUUUCUCCAGCACCUAGGGCCCAUAACACAAAGCUUAUCAAUCAUCGUACAACUUUUUUUUUUACAAUUGAUUGCAUUGGCUACAAUGUACAAUUAUUUGCGAAAAUCAAGCGUACGAUCAAUCACUAACCUUUGUGUUACGGGACCCAGAUCUGAGUUUACAAGCAUGGUUCAAAUCACAUCAGAGCAUCCUGUCCCAAGGUCAGUCUCAAUUGAAUUUUGAUGCUGUACUGAUGUUCAAAUUGCUUUAACACCAACACCAAAAGGUCAACGCCUUACUUGAAUCACCCAUUUGCAAUUGGCAAGAAAACAAAAAUACUAACUAUCCAUUCAUUUCUUGCAUCAAGAUUGGAUCUUGAUCAAUUUUGUCUAUAUUAUCAGUUCUAUGUAGUACUAUAAAGGGCAUUCAAAGUUUUACAUUAUAGCUUGUAUUCUGAACUCUGUCUACUGUUCUGGUUUAACUAUUAGCUAAUUAUGACACAACAUCAGCUCAUUUGACCUAAUUUACAACUGGGAAUGUUAAUGAAUAAAAAUUGACGCAUGCUAUUAAUUGGACUAUUUAACUUGAAAUUAUGUUGUUCCUCUUUAAUUGUGCUGUGUAGUAAUAAAGUUGAUUUAUAAAUCAUGUGAUCUGAAUGUGCAUUCAGUACAUUGAAAGCUCAUGAAAGUCUGAUUGUCAUGUUAAAUUGCCAUUGUUAAAACAUGAGAAACCUGAAAAUUUGUGGGAAAGUUUAUAUUAUAUCAAGCAAUUUUACUUGCUGGUCAAGUCAUCUUCUGCAUUACAUCUCACAUUCAUUUUUAUUUUAUUUUAUUUCCAAGAUAUGUAGUUUGUACAUAAUUGAACAGUUAGCUAUGUUAUUUUGUACUUUUUAUUUUUUGUUUAGUUUUAUUUUUCAUAGUUCUGUGUGUGAAGUGAGAAUAAUUUUGUUGAUGACUAUAAAGCUAGACAUGAUGCAAGAAAGCUCAGCAGCAUGCUUUCUGUGUUUUCUGUGUGACAAAUCAUCCCUUUUUUGUAUGAUGUAGGCUUCAUCUCUGAAAAUUCCAAUUUUGCAUGAAAAUCUCAUGACAUUAAGCACUUAUAGAAUGAUAUGUCCACGAUUGGUACGAGAUGGUGUCAUAUUAAGGCAUGCUAUAUGCGUCAGGUCCUCACCCUCGCCGACUAACAAAAGUGAGGACCUCCCCACCUCAAUUCUGCCGAUCUAAAUCAUAGUCGACGUGCGCGUGAGUGACGUCAUUUCAACCGCUCUAGCUUAGCAUGAAGAUCAAUGCAAUGGAUCUUUUCCCUUAUAGAACACAGUUUUCAGUGACUUUUCACAAAAUUAAUGUAAGUUGUACGAUGCUUUAUGUUUAUCAUAUUUGAAAUUGCUUUCUGAACACCAAAAUAUACAGGUAACUCUACCUAAGUCGACCUUCCAUAAUGUACAUGUAAGUCGAAUAAUCGCUUAAGUAGAAGCCUUUUUUUCUUAGACCAGAUUAUUGAAAACAUGUUAUAUACCUCUUAUAUGUCAAAAUUUAAGUGGAAUAGAUUUCUCUGGUCCCAAGAGUUUUGACUAAGGCAGAGUUGCCUGUCACCAUAUGAUAUCCCCUAAGUCAUGUAAAAAAGAAUCAAAGCAAGUGUGCACAAGUUGCACCUUUGCAUCACCCAACCAGGUCGUGACAUGAUGCUAUGCAAGAUCUUGCGGGCUGGGCAGCGUGUCAUGACCUGCUAGUUAUCUUGCUGUUUCAUGUGGACGAACGUGCACAUACAAGUUUAGUGAAAUCUAAAAUAUUUGUAUCUGUAGUGAGCAUAGAGAGACAACUACGUUGACACACAUGAUGUAGGGAUGAAUAUCACAUGCAAAAUGAUUGUUGUAAAAAAUGACUAAUAAAUGAGAAAUGGGCAGAAUAAUUCUGACAUUUGUGCCAUGUGACAUAUCUUUACCCAUGCGAUACUCUACAUGUUCCAAUACAUCUGUGUCAAUUAUCUUCAUUGUGCUUGAUUUUCAAUGUGGAGUGAAUUAUUUAAUGUUUCAUUUGUUUAAACCUAUUUAUAUGGGUCAGUUAUUGUAUGAUAACAAUUAAACUUGAUUUCAAAUAAAAACUUUCCCAGGAAAUGUUGCUGGCUUCAACUGCAUGAGAAAAGCUUUGUGAUAACAUGUUGAGUGAUGUCAUCAGUUUGUCAGCUCAAACACUUGAGAACAAUUUUGUGCAAGAUUUGUAAAAGAAAGUGAUAGGCUCACAGUUAAGAGUCUUCUAGUUUUACCUCUUAAACCUUUAUUUUUUUUUGCUUAUAUCAUUGAGUUUUACAUAAAAACAUUGCUGAGCAUUGUUGCCCUAUGUCUAAAUGAACUUUUCAAAGCACUAUUUGAAUUUUGUUUUUCUGAAUUGUUAAUUUUUAUCCAGCCAAAGAGUACAUCUCUACUUCUAGGUUUACCAUUUUUUUCUUAAAUAAAUUUGCAUUCUUUUCAGUCUUCACAUAUUUUACCGUUCUAGAUGAUCAUUUUCAUAGUUGAAGCUGUGUGCAGAUAUUAAUAGUCAAUAUUACCAGAUUUUGGCAUGGUUCAAAGCUACAUGUAGAUAUAAAAAUACUUUUAACUUUAUUUUCUCAGGUUGUGUUAGGUUAAACUUUGUCUUCUGAUUUUUCUUAUUACUUUCAAUCCACUUUGAAAGAAAUUAACUCAUAAAUCUUUAUAUUUUGUUUUCUUUAGAUUUCUUUUACAUUAAAUAUUUUUAGUUUUCUUCAUAAUGAAAACAUAUACCAGUUCAUUUUUUUAUGUCAAAACAAACUGAUAAAAUCUUUUCUCUGUGCUUAUUAUUUGAACUGAAUUAUAUCCUCCAUAUCUUUUUGUUAUAAUAGUUUGCAUUAUCUAUGUAGGUGCUCAUGCCCUUAUGUGCUAUUUAGUUACCUAUCUUGUUUCGCAGCUAUGUGCAUAUAAGCUUGUAUAUUGUAUUUUAUAUUUAGUUUAUACAAGGAUAUUCAUAUCCUUCCUCUUGUUAGGUGCACCAUUAUGUCAUACAAGACAUUUGUUUUAGUUUAAAUUAAUAAACCAAUUCUGAAUAUAUUUCCUCAUUCAGAUGAUAUGAUAGUUGGCUAUAAUUUGUACAAUUGGGGCAAUUUAUAAUUAUAAAUGUGCAAAUCUGCAAAGAUUUAAAGAGGUACUAUUUAUUUGGAGUGUUUCUUUGAAAAUCACUUUUCUUUUCUACAUUCCCUUUAUUAAGAAUCUCAUUCUUAAUUCCCACCUGAAGUCCUAAUUACUAGUGCAUUUUUUUAAUAUGCUGCAGUCAUGUGUUUUUUUGUUCUAAAAUCUAAUACUAGUAUUUGGAAUACACAUAUGUGCAAAUUUUGCUUGAUGUGUUGACAUCAUUUCUAUGGUAAAUCAUGUUUUUGAUUUACAUCUAUGUAAGUAGUAGACUAAAGACUUACAGAAAAACAAAGAGAAAUAAACUUUGACAAAAGUUAGUUUUAACAACAUUCUAACAACAUGUUAAGAGUCUAAUGUUCAUAUAUUGCUUGGGUAAGUAGUACCAUUGAAAAAAUGAUAAAAUUGAAGAUUUUGAAAUAAGAGAUGAAUUUUCUUUGGCCAGGAGUAAAAAUUUAAGGGUUUCAUAAAACUCUUCAAUGUUACAUAUGACUAGUGACAAUUUCUUAUGCUAAAUUAGAAACCCAUAAUAUUCCUUGUUUUGACAUAUUCUCACAACCACAUCAAACAUGAAAUGUUGAAAUAUUUCAAGUCAUGUGCUUUCUGAAAAUGAGAAUUAUGAUCUUGAAAGAUGUAUACACUGUAUGUAGGUGACAGGAAUACAAAUGACAGACAAUAGCGUACCCAGCAUCAACUAAGACAAAGAAAUGUACUAGCACAAGCAUAAUAGUGUCACUAUUGUCCCCAGACAAUAGGGCCAAUGAAAUGCUUUGUAGGAUCUGAUGCUUGAUACACCUCUGACAGAGAACUGAUUGGGAUCCAAUGAAAGAUUAUAAAUUAUUUGUAAAAUGGUGUAUAACUUAUAGAUUUAUUAAACCUCACAUGUAAUUAAAUAUGAGAUCAUUGAUCUCUACUUGGUGUGAGAGGGAGUUGUAUAGAGGUUACUAAUUCAAGGUUGUGAGUAAAGCAGUCAAUGCACAAAGAUAGUGCAGCUUAACAUGAUGUACAUGUAAUCAUCUUUUUGAUAUACUAUUCCUCUUCAAUAUAUAAAAUAUAUUUCUUGUAUUGUAUUUGCAGUGUUCAUACUAUCAGAUUGAAAUAUUUCUAUCCACCUCAUAUAAUGCUCUUCCAUACAUGUAUAUGCUGAAAUCAUAAUCAUUUCACUAUGAACUAGUUUUUCACGUUGGGUUUGAAGUUUUUGAUAAUCUUAGAUGUAAUUUCAUUCUUAAAAAAUCAAAAGAUGGAUUGAGGAUUGUAAGAAAGAAGGGGUACAAAUGAAGCAUAUAACAUCUAGUGGACUGGUGGACUAGUACAGGACUUAGUUUAUGUACUUCAUAAGUAUAUUUUUGUAAAGCAUUACUAAAAUUCUUUUUUUAUUCUUGAUUCUUCAUAAAUUUGUUAGCCUAAAAGGAAAACAAAUGCUGCCAGGAUUCUUUUUAAGACAGUGAAAUUUUGAAUAAAAGAAGAUACACUGUUAUUACAGUAUAUAUUAAUUUUGUAAUUGUACUUAAUGUUUUCCUCAUGUUUUCAGUUUGGAACAAGAUGUAUUCCCAUAGAAUGAUAAGCAGAUAACCUUUUCAGUAUGUAUCGAUAAAGGCCAAAAGGGUUUCAGUCAGGUGUAAAGAUUGCUGGAUUCACUAUCAGUCUCGCUACAGAUAUACACUAAUUUUCCUUCAUUUUAUUUCUCUCUUUUCUUAAUUUUCUUUUGAAGCAUUCCAAAGGAAAUAAUAUCUUUUUCCAUGUACUGUACUUGUCACAAUCAUUGAUGAAAUGGUUUAAUCAACUCUUUACUUGUCACUGUCGCCAAGUGGUACCAAAUAAUACACAUAAUUCAAAAAGAGCUGCAAUUUGUCUGGCAUGUUUAGAGUUAAACUUUUUACCCUGGCUAAACCCUGUUUGUCCAAAUUUUUUUAAUUGUCACAUGAUCUAAUUUUCAUUAGGUAUAAUAGACUAACAACCACUUGGGCGAAUUAUCAUUAAUAUAGAGUACUAUUUUGGGUAAUUGCUAUGUCAUCCCCCCCCCCUCAGAAAAAAAAAAUGAUUGAAUUGAAGUAAAAUAGAAAAAAGAAAGGAUUAAAAAACAGGAUAUUAGAUGAAUUUGUUGCUUACAAAAUGAAUUGAUACCACUUUGAGUUUGACCAUAUGUCAUUAAGAUCUCUGUAGACCAAGUGGUUUUUAGAUCAAGGGGUGUGUCAAUUAAAUUGGAUGCAUUUUCUAAAAAAUACAUGUAACAUUAAUACCGUAGUCCAUUCAAGUUUUCCAUCAACAAUCAUAUCAUAAGAAUUCACGAAGAUGGUGUUUGAACCUGUGGUUUGACAUUGCGAUUUAUCCAGAUUUCAUCUUUAAUUACGCUUCAGCAAGUAUAUUCAAAACCACCUUUAAGAAUUUCGGCCAAUGUUUCAAAAGGAAGUCACUUCUAAAUAAAGCAUAAUAAAUUGAGAGUGUUUCAUGAUCCUUUAGAGGAUUUAUACUAUGGUUUGAAAUUGGAUAUUGACGAGUCAAUCUAUGAAACAAUUUUCAGGGAUACAUGUGUGACUAUCUAGAAAAGUAAUGUUACGUUCUGGCUCCACCAACUUUCAGGCCACAGAAAGACAUUUAUGUAUACAAAUUAGCUUAUCUUUGUUAUUUUAAUUUUUGAUAUUAAUAUAUCAACUUGGCUCUUUCAUAUAAAAAAGACAAUUACUGAGUUCAGAGGAACAAAGUUGAGUUCUUUUCUCCAAUACCUUGGUAAGAAUCAUAGAUUGAAUAUGUAUAAAGUUUUAGCUCAUGUGUUAGCAUUAAAUUAUAGAAAGUACUGUAUACAUAUAUACAAACUAUCAAGAUUUUUGUAACUAUGAAUAAAAGAACUUAUUAAGAAUGAGAGAGAA